UUAAAAAAUUAGUGAGGGCGUGUAUAUAAGCAUGCCUAAUAUAGUAAACAAAGUACCGAGCUGUCAGUGUGGCAUUGGACUGGACUUUGGCAACAGAUGCAUCUACCACACCAACAUCUCAAUUUGGUCAAACAAUCGAAGCCCGUUUGUCCCUCUCUCAAUUCUCAAAAACCCUGCUGAAUUUGGGUAGAAAUGGAGGCCGGCGACCUCCCCCAAGAAAUCUUGAUCGACAUUUUCUCACGCCUCCCACCAAAAUCCGUAGGCAAGUGCAGGUGCUUAGCAAAAUUAUGGCGCAAGCUACUUUCCACCCCUCAGUUCAUCAAAUCCCACCUCACUCGCAAAACCCACCAAGAAGAUCUCAUUCUCAUCACCCCAUCUCACUCCGUCCACUCAAUCUCCACCAUCAAAGACGACGCCAUUUCGAGGAAGCUCGAAUUGCCUGGGGAUUGGACUGAGGUCGUGGGCUCAUGUGAUGGCUUGGUUUUGUUGGUAAAUGAGGAUUACGAGAAGUUUUUGGUGAAUCCCAUUACUCUGCAGCAGAUCAAAGUACCAAAUUCGCCUCUGGCUUUGAAUAGGAGGGAGAGUUUCAGCAUGCAUGGAUUUGGAUACGAUAUUUCCAGCGAUGAUUAUAAGCUUGUCACGCUGUCUUACUAUAACACUGACAAUGAAUACGAGCCAGACUGUGUUGAUACAUUUGUGGAUGUGUAUUCUGUGAAAAUGGGUGUUUGGAAACGGGUCGACAGUUCUCCCUAUGAUCAUGCUGUUCCUGAACUUUCUCCGGGUGCUUUUGUGAAUGGGGCUAUCCAUUGGCUGGCUAGUAGUAGAGAACCAGGCUAUCCGUCUGUUGUUGCUGCUUUCAAUUUGGCUGACGAAGUGUUUGUUGAAAUUCCUGCUCCAAGUGGUGUUGAUGUGCAGAACUUUGUUUUCAACAAGCUUGUGGUUCUUGGGGGGUGUCUUUGCAUGAUAGAUACUCGAGGAAAUGGCCCAACGGAUAUUUGGAUUAUGAAAGAGUAUGGUUUGGUAGAUUCUUGGACAAAAUUCAGCAUUCAAGGUGAUUACGGGUGGGAUAUAGUUAAACCUAUAUGUUUAAUUGGGGACGAGGAAGUCGUGUUGGUAACUGAAGGGGAGACAUUGGUUGUGUAUAAUCGGAGAGAGGGAACGUUGAGGGACAUGGUUGUCGAUGGAGCACCGGCUGUGGCUAUAGACGGAGGCACCUUCGUGGAGAGCCUCGUCUCCCCUGCUUUCAUCGGUGCCUAAGACCGAACCGCAACCUUUUGUUAAACUUGAUAAGAA